AUGUAUUCUUCUCAGCAUCGAGGGUCCCCAGAGCGUGUGCUCAAGCCGGAGAUCAAGCGCCAGGUGGCAGGCUACGUAUCCACGGCGCCCAUCUCUCCUACCGGGGGGCACCAUCAUUAUGACUACGCAUCCCCCCCCGGCUCUGCUGCCCAGAAGCUGGGCCACGUGGCUGAGCGCUUCUCCUCGUUUUACAACGACUUGGAGAGCGAGAAGCAGCACAGGCGCGAAACUGACGCCCAGCGACGCGCGGCCCUGACGGAGGCGGUCCAGAAGCUGGAGCGCAGUUUGGACGCGGAGAUCAAGCGGCGCGCGGAGGCGGACAAGGGCCUCCAAGCGAGCCUCGAGGCGGAGAUCAAGGCCGUGCACGAGAAGCUGGCGGGGCAAAUUCGCGAACAAAACCUGCAGCUCAAGGCGAGCAUCGACGCGCUCAGCCGCACGUUCGCGGAGCUGCACGGGCAGCUGCGCGAGGAGAAGGAGCAGCGGCGCGUCGACUUGGAGCACCUGACGCAGACGAUUGGCGCUAAAGUGGAGGAGGCGCACUCGGGGCUGGACGAUGAGCGCGUCGCGCGGCUCGAGCGCGAGGCGCAAACCCUGAAGCGCGUCGGCGAAGACGUCUUCCGCGUGCAGGAGAAGAUCGACGCUGAGCGCGCGACGCGCGAGGCCGCUCUGGAGAUGAUGCAACGCGAGGUGCGCGACUCGAUGUCCGCGCACAACGAGAGCGAGGAGAGCUUUCAGCACAUGGUUUUGGACGACAUCGCAACCCUGAAGAAUCAAAUGCUCGUCGAGAGGGAGGAGCGCAUGUCGGAGGACGAGCAGAUUGUGCAGGCGAUAAAUGACUACACAAAGGCGCUCCAAGACGGCCUCAGGAUAGUCAACAACUAGAGCGAUCAGAAUCCACAAGCGCGCUCAGCAUCUUGGACUUCGAGCAAAAAUCCGGCUCGAGAGCUGGUAGAAAGACCGAUAUUGAUUUAGACAGGACUGUUUGACUGGAGUUGAUACGUAUUAAACUAGAGGGAGGACUUCAAGAGUGGAUGGUUGUGACGCGCGCGUCAAAAGGCGGUAGAGAGGUUUUCGAUGGUUGGCGGAUGAGGACUGCCGGCGCCCGGUGUAAUAACGUAGGAUAAAUAACUUCCUAAAAUUAGCACAAUUGACCUAUUUGUACCCGCGUUGAGCAUCUUUAGAAACAAAAAGCUCGUCAUUUGACACCCGCG